CUGAUUACACCUUCGCCGGCUCCGAUUCCAGCUCUACCGGUUCCGAUUCCACAUCGACCAACUCCGAUUCCACCUCCAUCAGCUCUGAUUCAAUCUCCACCAGCUCCGAUUCCACCUUCACCAGCUUCGAUUCCACCUUCACCAGCUCCGAUUCCACAUCCACUAGCUCCAAUUCCACUUACACCAGCUGCGAUUCCUCUGCCAUCAGCUCCGAUUCCACCUCCACCAGCUCCGAUUCAAUCUUCACCAGCUCUGAUUCCACCUCCACCAGCUCCGAUUCCACCUCCACCAGCUCUGAUUCCACCUCCACCAGCUCUGAUUCCACCUCCACCAGCUCCGAUUCCACCUUCACCAGCUCCGAUUCCACCUUCACCAGCUCCGAUUCCACCUCCACCACCAGCUCCGAUUCCACCUCCACCAGCUCCAAUUCCACCUCCACCAGCUCCGAUUCCACCUCCACCAGCUCCGAUUCCACCUCCACCAGCUCCGAUUCCACCUCCACCAGCUCCGAUUCCACCUCCAUCAUCUCCGAUUCCACCUCCACCAGCUCCGAUUCCACCUCCACCAGCUCCGAUUCCACCUCCGAUUCUCCGAUUCCACCUCCACCAGCUCCGAUUCCACCUCCACCAGCUCCGAUUCCACCUCCACCAGCUCCGAUUCCACCUCCACCAGCUCCGAUUCCACCUCCACCAGCUCCGAUUCCACCUCCACCAGCUCCGAUUCCACCUCCACCAGCUCCACCUCCACCAGCUCCGAUUCCACCUCCACCAGCUCCGAUUCCACCUCCACCAGCUCCGAUUCCACCUCCAUCAUCUCCGAUUCCACCUCCACCAGCUCCGAUUCCACCUCCACCAGCUCCGAUUCCACCUCCACCAGCUCCGAUUCCACCUCCACCAGCUCCGAUUCCACCUCCACCAGCUCUGA